CGGAUCAGCGCCAAAAUUGGGCGGAAUCUCCGCCCAAUAAUAGCCAUCUCUCCGCCCUCCAAUCUGACCUAAAAAAUCGAACUUUUGAUUUGAUUCUCUUCGAAUCGCCCGCCGGAGAGCCUCCACAGCCGCCGGUCUCAGUCUCAGCAAUCCGAAGAUGAAAGCGUCACUCAAGUUCCGGGACGACCAGAAGCCUCUCAUCAGGGCCAAGGUCCCCCUCAACAUCAUCGGCCUCCCCUUCCAGUCUGGCAUAGUCGCCGGCGAAUCCAAGGAGCUCACCCUCAACCUCGGCACCUUCUUCGAGUCCGGCCCAUCUGUCCGCGUCUCCUAUCGCCCCAACGACUCCUGGAAUCCCUUCUCCCUCGUCGUUAAGACGGGGACCGGCCCCUUCGGCUCACCGAUUUCCAGCUCCAUGUCCAUGAGCGCCGAGUUCAACCUCCUCAACCGCGGCAAUCCUGCCUUCAUGCUCCAUUUCCGGCCCAAUUUCGGCGACUUCUCAGUGAAGAAGUCGCAGUCUUCAGUCAUCAAGCCCAAGUCCAUCAGCACUGAAGAGGAUGCCUCCAUUGAGGUGGUGGAGGCGCCCCCGCCGCCCCAGACCAACGGCAGCUAUGUGCUGGAUAACGGUGCCUUUUUUGGAAAGAAAAUUGCUGCCCUGACGCCUGGGUCGCCUGCUGUGGCGUUUUCCGGUGUGCUUUCUGGCAUGGAGGUGGCGGCAAGAACAGUAGUUCCAGUGAGGAGCCGCGCCGUCGUUAACUUCCGGUGGGGAGUCAGGGUUCCCGGAGAGGCAGGGAAUGCUUUCAAUCCCACGGGGGGGAUUACCUUUGAUAAGGUCCCAUUUCUGGUGAUGAAUAAGAUCGGGAUCGAACAUGUGCCAGAGGGUUUCAAUUCGAAGCAAGAACCAAAGGGGCAGGAGAAGUCAUCGGGAAAGGAAUCAAAUUUUCCCGGAGACAGCGAUCUUGCAGAGGCUUGCUUCUCAGUGAAGCGCCAAUUAGAGAUACUGCAGGCUGAGAAUGGGAUGCUGAGGAAGGCCAUUGAGGAUCUCCGUCGAGAAUUCUCUGCAAAGAGUGCCAGUCCAUCCCCGCCAAUCACUCAUGACUCGGUGAGGUACCACGAGAUCGAGAGGAACGGAAACAGAGCUCCUAGCGGCAAAACCGAUCGGCGAAGCAGUGAGAAGAGGUCCACUGAUUCUAGCGGUUUUGCUGGGAAAUCAGUGGAGGCUGAUGUGAGUGAGGAACUGAAGAAGGCCUUGAAGGGAGCUGGUGGGGCCUGAAUCUGUUUAGAUGCUCCAUUGUUCGGGUUUAAGGCCUGGUCAAGUAGGCUUGCAAUAGUACAGUAAUAUGCAGUUCGAGAUUUUGUGUUUGGAGUGUUUCUUGUUAGCUUUCCAUUUUAUUGUAGCGUUGUUAGAUAUAAAGGAAGUAUCCAUUGUAGAUUGCUUAGUUGCAAUGAUAUUUUGGAAAAUGAAAUGCCUAAAUAACAUUGCUGGGUUAUUCAAGUUUGAUUC